GAUGAAGCCAUUUCCUAUUUUGGUAUACCCUCUGUAAACCUCCGGAAGUCUUUGUUAUUGUAGUUAUUUUAACAUUUCACAAUCAGAAAAGACAGAGGAUCUCUUGCUGACACAGAAGUGGCUUCCAUGAUGUGGACAUUUUACAUCUUGUCCAUUUUUUUCCUUCGGAUUGGAAUCACAGCAAAUGCAUAUAACAUGUUCCACAGUAAAACACAACUCAGCCACUUAACUGUGGAUACAGAGAGGGGCACUGUGUAUAUAGGUGCUGUGAACAAGCUCUAUCAACUGACAGCUGAUUUACGUGUGAUACAUGAGGCAAACAUAGGCCCCAGGAUGGACAACAAGAUGUGUACACCUCCAUUUGAAGACUGUCCUGAACUCGUACUGACUGACAACUACAUUAAGUUGCUUGCAAUGGACAUGUCCAAAGACAGAAUUGUUGUGUGUGGAAGCCUAUUCAAAGGGAUUUGUUCUCUGAGAAGGAUUAAUAAUAUUACUGAAGAAAUUCUGUAUGACAUCACCAAAGGAGAAAAGUCUUUUGUUGUCAGUAAUCACAACCAUAUUUCAUCAGUGGGUUUGGUAGCUGAUGUUGAAAAUACUACAGUGCUUGUUGUAGGAAAUAGCAAGGAACACUUUACAAUGUCUGAUGUGACCAGGUUGGUAAGUUCUAGGCUCAUUGAUGAACUCCAAGGCAGGGACUCUUUUGAGACAGUUUCUGAGAAUUCCUAUAUCCAAGGGGAUUUUGGUUCUGACAUGUAUACAACAUUUGUAAAGGUGUUUCAAACACAAAACCACAUCUAUUUUGUGUUGACUAGGCAAGAAAAACUAAGUGGUCAGAAAAAAACAUAUAUCUCACGACAAUGCAAAAAUGAUUUAAAUUACUAUUCUUUUAUUGAGAUAGCCCUAGAAUGCAAUACAGGUAAUACUUUCACUGUUGUGCAGUCUGCAUAUGUUAUGGAACUUGGAAAAAAAUUAUCCCGAGGUCUGACCAGUGCAGGAAUCUAUGGAAAUGUAGCACCACAAAAUAAAGCAGUUUUUGCACUCUUUUACAAUGCAGCAAAAAGUGGCAUUUCAGAAGAGUCGGCUCUGUGUAUCUUUCCACUCAAGGAAAUUGAUAAAAAAGUAGAACAAGUCAGGGUUAAAGCCUACAGUGGAGACACAAAGGAAAAGAGUAAAAAAGUGAUUUAUCAAGCUUAUGGUCUUGAAACAUGGAAAGGUCAAUUGGAUGGAAAGAAAGCAGCCAGCCAGUUUCCAUGUGGAGAGGAACAUCUUCCAUUUCCCCUGAGGAGUUCCCUUGGACUUACAGUGCAUCCUGUUACUCAGUACAACAGAAGCCUGACAGCUGUGGCUGUAACUGUAGAAGGGAAUCAUACUGUUGUAUUUUUGGGAACCUCAGAUGGAAAAAUCCUUCAGGUUUCCUUACAUGGAAUUACAGCGGAAGAGUACAAGACAAUUGACCUUGGUAAUGACGGGCCAGUAAAGAGCGAGCUGGUAUUUGACGCAAAGCAGGAGCAUUUAUAUGUGAUGACUAAUACUACGGUAACCCGCCUGCCAGUUGAAGAAUGUGUGAAGUUCAUGGACUGUCAGUCCUGUAUAUCAUCACAUGACCCUUUCUGUGGGUGGUGUGUCUCUGAAGAAAAGUGCACAAAAGCAUCAAAGUGUACAAGCGGCAGUGAAGAAAAUGGCUGGCUAGUUUGGAAUUCCCCACAUGCUUGUGUUACGAAUGUUACUGUUGUGCCACCAAGCAAUACUGGCCCUACCAAGAAUCAUCAGCAGACACAGAAUGUAAAACAAGAAGAAACCUGGAUAGAGCAUGCUGAUGCAAAUGGACAACAUUCAAAGAACAUUUCGUCAUUAUUACCAUGACACACAGUGCCAAAGUAAAGAUACCAAAUGGACUACUGCAUAACAAACUGAUAAACUGUUGAACAAGUUUUCAGCAGUUGUAAUCAAGAACACUAAACAAUGAGUGCUAAAAAUGUAUUAGAGCAAAAAAGAAAGAGCAUAUUAUAUUUAACUGAACUAUUUCACAAGAUAAUUGUACAUGCAUGAUUAUUUUGUAUCUGUAUAUGUUAGCCCUGAUUAUCACAAACAAGUAAAAAGGCUUUGUAAUAAAUGUAAUCAGAACGUACAAUAAAUUACCUUUUGCUAAAAUCAUG